AUGAUACUGAUUAGCUUUAGGCCAAAAGGUCGCGGAAGACCACAACGUAUAUUAUUAGGGGUUUGGCCUGAUGAGCACAUUCGAGGAGUAAUCAGGACUGUUGUAUUCAGAGAUAAUACUCAUUCUACAGAUAGACAAUUAUUAAAUAAUGAAAGAUUUCAAGGCAACGACAAGAUUGCACUGGUUGACGAAGAAUCAUCAGUUCUACAAGUUAGAGAUGAAGCAGAUUUGUUAUGUUUAAAUAAUCAAAAUUUGUCAAAUUCAACAAAAACCGAACUAUUUCCCAACGACAACUCAUCAUAUCAUAAAGAUGUUUCUGAAUACAAAGAUCAAUUGCACAAAUAUUGUACUUUAAAUAAAAUAAUGUUAACUCCACAAGCGAGUACUUUGGAUCCUACGUUAUGGGUAACUAUAGCGCAACGGCAACGAUAUAUGUCAGAAGCUGAAGUGCAUCAUUCCAGUCUCUUGGUGAGAUCAGGUAUGUGCUUGGCUGAAUCUCCAACAACAGGUGAUGUUUACGUGGCGCCUACGGAGUCACGUGACAGUCCAUCACCAGCAGCUUUUGACUUAAGCGGGACAUAUUCUUUACCAGUUCCUUAUAAUUAUGGAAAUAAAUUUCCUCCAACAGUCGCUGAAUUGGGACCAGGUAGUUCAUUUGUACAAAAGGAGAGACAUCCAGCAGAUUUACCUGAAACUGUUCGAUGCCAAACAAAUGUAUCCUUACCCAACAUCGCAGAAACAUCAGAAAUUAAGGAUACUAAUUCACUAAAAUUAUCGCCAUAAGUAAUAAA